AUGGAGGGUCUGUUCUUUAACGUCAACAAUGGCUAUGUCGAGGGCAUCGUCCGAGGCUACCGCAAUGGCCUGCUCACAGGCUCAGCUUACAACAAUUUGACCCAGUGUGAAACUAUCGAUGAUCUUAAGCUUCAACUGGGUCCUGCGUACGGCGACUUCCUUGCCUCCCUGCCACCUAACCCGUCAACAUCCAGCCUUGCCGCCAAGACGACAGACAAGCUUGUCUCCGAAUUUCGAUAUGUUCGAGCGAAUGCUGUUGGAUCACUAGCGAAGUUCAUGGACUACGUCACCUACGGCUACAUGAUUGACAACGUCGCCCUUCUUAUCACUGGUACUCUUCAUGAGCGAGAUACCCGCGAGCUGCUAGAGAGAUGCCAUCCUUUGGGAUGGUUCGAGACAAUGCCCGUCCUUUGCGUUGCCACAAAUAUUGAAGAACUUUAUAACAGCGUUUUAAUCGAGACACCCCUUGCAGCAUAUUUCAAGGGCAGCUUGAGCCACCAAGACCUGGACGAGCUCAACAUUGAGAUUGUACGAAACACGCUGUACAAGAACUACCUCGAAGACUUCCAUAACUUUGUCAACACACAUCCUGACAUGGCUGGGACGCCAACAGCAGACGUCAUGUCGGAGAUUCUCGAGUUUGAGGCCGAUCGCAGAGCCAUCAACAUCACGCUCAACUCGUUUGGUACCGAGUUGUCCAAGGCAGACCGCAAGAAGCUCUAUCCCAACUUUGGCAAGCUGUACCCCGAAGGCACUCUAAUGCUCUCUCGUGCAGACGACGCCGAGGGUGUCCGCUUGGCUGUCGACGGUGUUCAUGACUAUAAGACUUUCUUUGAGGCUGCUUCCCUAGGUGGCUCAUCUGGACCAGGUAACAUGGGCGGUGGUGCCUCCGACGGGAAGACCUUGGAGGACAUGUUCUAUCAGAAAGAGAUGGAGAUUUCAAAGAGCGCUUUCACCAGGCAAUUCACGUAUGCCAUUGUUUAUGCAUGGGUAAAGCUACGAGAACAGGAAAUCCGAAACAUCACAUGGAUUGCCGAAUGCAUAGCUCAAAACCAAAAGGAUCGCAUUGGCAACUUUAUUAGCGUGUUUUGA